AUGCUGUUUCCUGAGCUCGAGGUGAGGGAGGCGGGGUGGGACUGCCCCCAAUCAAGUGUUUUCGCGGUCGCUUAUUUCCGAUCGCGGGGUGGAGUCGGACAAAAAACCGACAUCCAUCCUCCUCGUCCCCCAUCACCUCUCCUCUUCGAUCAUCCAAGGUCAGCAGUGUCUCCGCUCGCCGUGGACUCCUCAAACCCGCCCAAAAAGGCCUGGGCCUGCCUCCUCACCGGCUCCCCCGGCUACCUGUCCGGAUUCCUCACCCUCCACUACUCCCUCCGCAAACAUGCCUCCAAGUACCCCCUCAUCGCCCUCCUCAACCCCUCCGACACGCUCUACCCCCUCUUCCUCUCCGCUCUUCAGCAGCGAGGGAUCCCGCACAGGGAUAUUGAGGCCUUGAGACCGGUGGAGGAUAGGGAGUUUGAGGGUGAUCCAAGGUUUAAGGAGUGUUGGACCAAGUUGGAGAUGUUUGGAUUGUACGAGUUUGAGCGCGUGGGAUUCUUGGAUUCGGAUAUGCUCGUUCUACAAAAUAUGGACGAACUCUUCGAGAUACCCCUCGAACCACACCAAAUCGCAGCGUCGGCGGCAUGCGUGUGUAACCCCCGAAAGAGAGCACACUACCCCCCAACCUGGAUACCCGAGAACUGCGCGUACAGCAAGCAAUGCUACGACCCCGCUCUCGCUGCCACCGCUGCUACGGACGCAAUCCCCCCCACCUUCGGCCUCGGCGCCCUCAACUCUGGCCUCGUCAUCCUCCACCCUUCACCCGAAAACUACAAGCGCGUCACCGCACCUCUUUCCAACCCCCCUCUCUACCGCACCUUCCUCUUCCCCGACCAAGACCUCCUCGCGCACGUCUUCAAGGGGGACUGGAUCCCGCUUCCCUACGUCUAUAACGCGCUCAAGACCCUCAAGGGGCAGCAUGCCGAGAUGUGGCGGGAUGAGGAGGUGAAGAAUUUGCAUUUUAUUAUUGAUAAGCCGUGGGAUGAUGUUGAUAAGAAGGGGGAGGGGAAGGUGUUGCAUGGGGUUUGGUGGGGGGUUGAUGGAGAGAGGAGGGAGUGGGAGAAGGGGGUGUAUGGGAUUGAAUCUGAAGAGUAA